CCCAGGGCCGUUGCUCUUCAGACCUUUAGGAGCCGUUGAGCCAACGAGCGAGCAGCUCGGCGUUUCAGUUCUGCCCGCCUGUUACGCAUCCGUUGCAUCAUGGCCGAGGACUUCCUGCAAGCGCUCUCCUUUGAACAGCAGCGGUUGCUGGAGGUUUCCCAGGAACAGAGCAGCCUUUGGAGUCGCCACCUCCAAGAGACCUUCGAGCGCCUGUCCGCAGCCAAGCUUCCAAGGCCACAAGAAGAGCUCAUCAAUGGCCAAGGAGCAACCAAACUGAGUGGUUUGCUGAGACCGCAUCAGCCAUCGCUGUUGGCGGAGUCUGUGGACCCUUGCCCGGAACCAGCCGUGUUGCUUGAGGAGCUCCCGGUUGUCUCGGCUCCCCCCUCGCGCGAGAUCUCGCGGCAUCCAACCAACAUCUCCAGCAACAGCCGGAAGACGAGCAAGAACAUACGGUCCGAACACACCCAGAUCCUCAAGACGCAGACGAGCCUCACCGCACGGUCCCAUUCCCUGCGCGAAAAAGCAGCUGCUUACGUGGACUAUUUGGCAGCUUUCCUGGUCUUGCUGAAUUCUGCAGUGAUGAUGUUGGAAUUGGAGCUCGAGGGCCGGGCCAUCGGCCGAAAUUUAGCUUUGAGCGAGGGCCCGCAGCUCCAGGACAUUGAGGGUCUCUUCAAGACCUUGCAUCAUACUUUCGUUUUUGUCUUCUUGGCCGAGCUCUUGAUCAGGAUUGUCAUCCGGGGUCUGGAUUUCUUCCGUGACGUUGCGAAUUGGUUCGAUGUGGUUCUGGUUCUGGCCGGUCUCUUGGAAGUCUUCUUCAUUGGGGGUGACCCCAAAAACAUCUUAAUGAUGCGGCUCAUGCGAACACUGAAGGCCUUCCGAGCGGUGCGCAUGGUGCGCACCUUUCGGCUCUUCAAAGGCCUACAACUCUUGGUGAAGGCAUGUACCUGUUUCUUGCCUUCCCUUGGUUGGUCUAUGGUUCUCCUUGUCGUUUUUAUGUCGAUUGGGACCUUAGUGCUGGGCAACUUGCUUCAAGAUUUCAUCACCAACGAGUCGAACAACUUGGAGGAUCGGCAUUGGAUCUGGAAUCGCUAUGGCACCGCCUACCGCGCAAUGUACACCCUCUACGAGGUGACAUUCGCAGGGAACUGGCCAACAAAUGCCCGUCCAGUGCUGGAGAAGGUCAGUCAGGGCUUUGUGGUGUUCUUCGUGCUGUACGUGACCAUCAUUGUGUUCGCGAUCAUUCGCGUGAUUUCGGCAAUUUUUCUCAAGGACACCUUGGAUGCGGCACAAGCGGACGCUGAAAGUGUGGUGGUGGACCGCUUGAGAAAAAAGGCAGAGUAUUUGCAGAAACUCGAAAGUUUAUUCAGAGCUAUGGAUGAGGAGGGUGACGGGAUGAUUUCCGAGCAAAAACUCCUGUCCAUCUUUGCGAACCCAAAGGUCGAAGCAUACUUUCAGACCUUGGACGUUGACGUGACCGAGGGCGCGGCCCUUUUUAACAUGAUUGACAAUGGUGACGGACAGGUGACACUCGAUGAAUUUGUGGACGGGAUUCUACGUUGUCGCGGCCCAGCGCCUGGGCCGGUGACCAGAAAGCUUGCGCACACUCCAGUAUAGACUCAGGCGCGAGCGUUGGACCAAGUGGCCAUGCGCGCUGACUUAAAGAAUCUGGAUUCCAAGCUGAACGCUCUCCUCCAAGUUGCGGGCGUAGGCAAAGAGAAGAAGCAAUUGAAAGUUUGACGACAGGACCGGAGGAAGCCUUUUCACAUGCCGGAUGAAGGGAGAUAUUCUCCCGACUCGUCGUCGAAGUCGGAUGACGGACGCGUGUUGUGGAACUGGAACGUUGACGAACUAAGCGGUACCG